GUAAUUACUUCUGAAAGACAUACAAACCAUAUAACGCGCAGUAUAUCCUCUCCGGCAUUCUCCGAUCACCAUCAUACCCGCUAAGGUGUGAUAUAUAGGAGGAUUACUUUCCUUGUAACCAUGUCGAGAUUACGGACGGUCUUCCUUGUUUUUGUAUUCUGCUUUCGGAUGUUUAUCUUAGCUAACACGACGACAGUUCAAACCCAAUCUUUGUUACGUUUUGAUAACACGAAUGGCCAGUUCAAGAUUCUGCAGGUGGCUGAUAUGCACUAUGCCGAUGGAAAAACGACACCCUGUGAGGAUGUGUUGCCUCAACAGUUUCCUUAUUGUUCUGAUCUAAACACUACCUUUUUUCUUGAUCGAAUGAUCCAAGCCGAGAAACCUGAUCUCAUUGUUUUCACUGGUGAUAACAUCUAUGGAUCUGAUACAACUGAUCCUGAAGCUUCAAUGGAUGCAGCAUUUGCUCCUGCUGUUGUAUCAAACAUCCCGUGGGCUGCUGUGUUAGGGAAUCAUGAUCAAGAAUCUACUUUGUCAAGAGAAGGUGUCAUGAAAUAUAUUGUUGGAAUGGAACGGACGUUGUCUGAGUUAAACCCUCCUGGGGUUGGAUAUAUUGAUGGUUUUGGUAAUUACAAUCUUGAAGUAAAUGGAGUUGAAGGGUCUGGCUAUGAGAAGGCCUCGGUUCUUAACUUAUAUUUUCUUGACAGUGGUGACUAUUCUACGGUUCCUUCUAUUCCUGGCUAUGGAUGGAUUAAGCCGUCUCAGCAGUUUUGGUUUCAACAGACUUCUAUGGAGCUUCAAAAUAAGUCAAAAGCGAUUGGGAUGGCUUACUUUCAUAUUCCAUUGCCUGAAUAUGCAAUGUUUGACUCCUCAAAUUUUACAGGUGUGAAACAAGAAGGGAUUAGCUCUGCUUCUGUUAAUUCGGGCUUCUUCACCACAUUGGUGGAAGCAGGUGAUGUGAAGGCGGUUUUCACUGGUCAUGAUCAUAUCAAUGACUUUUGUGGUGAAUUGACUGGAAUUCAUCUAUGCUAUGCUGGAGGAUUUGGGUAUCAUGCAUAUGGGAAGGCUGGAUGGUCAAGAAGGGCAAGGGUUGUUGCUGUUUCUUUAGAUAAAGAGUCGGAUGGUAGUUGGGGAGCGGUCGGUUCUAUUAAAACAUGGAAACGUCUGGAUGAUGAGAAGCUAUCUGUUAUCGAUGAACAAGUACUUUGGAUCAAGAAUCCAUCUGGAAAUUUUAUAAAGAAGGAAAAAAGCGCUGUUUGAAUCACCCAGAAAAUUUUACCAUUACUUGUACCAAUUAUAAAUCAAACAUAUCAUGAGAAAAACGACAAACUCAUGUUAAGUUGUAUAAGAAUGUUACCAUGUAUUAUAGUGAGUUGAUAAGUGGAAAUUUCUAUAA